UUCAUUACCGGAAGAGAAAAAAAUAACUCGGAAAAGAAGGAGACGCCGAAAAUUCGAAAGGGGAGGGGGAAAGCAAAGCUGAUGGCGGAGGCCCAGGGGAAAGCAAAGCAAAUGGCGGAGGCCCCGAGCAAGAUCGAAUCCAUGAGGAAGUGGGUCGUCGAGCACAAGCUCCGAGCCGUAGGUUGCCUCUGGCUAGGUGGGAUCAGCAGUUCGAUCGCCUACAACUGGUCGCGGCCCAAUAUGAAGCCUAGCGUCAAGAUCAUCCACGCAAGGUUGCAUGCGCAAGCUCUAACCCUCGCUGCAUUAGUUGGUUCUGCAUGCGUGGAGUACUAUGACCAGAAGUAUGGUUCUUCUGGGCCAAAGGUGGACAAAUACACAAGCCAAUACCUGGCCCAUUCGCAUAAAGAUUAAAGGUCGCCAUGUUGGUUCCUGCAUGCCGGAUUAAUUUUGGGCUCAUCUCGGGUUGCUCAUGACCCGCCCAUGGAUGCUGGAUGUUUAUUCUUUUUUUUUGUCUUCAUAAUUACAAAAUGGUGGUGUACUUGCCAGGCAAAUGUUAAUGAGGGUAUAAUGCAGAUAUUGUCGUCAUAA